AUGAGUCAGAUGUUUCCUGUGGUUAUUAUCCCUGUUAUACAAUCAUCUCCUAUACCUGCUCAUGCUUUGCUCGCCCCCAAUUCCGGGGACUCGACACAGGGAUCAAUGGAGGCGGUCAUCCAAACGCUAAUUGACUACUUUCCACCGGUACAGGAGCAGUUGGACAAGCUCAGAAAAGACAAGACUUCAGGCGCUACUAUUUCUGGUGGGAGAACUACCCCUGAAAAUCAUGAAGAAGACACGGAAGCAAUGGACGUGCGGGAAACCAUAGCAACUACCAGCUCUCCUCAAUCCCAGCGGCGAACAGAGCUAUGUGUUGAGCUCAUUACUGCAGCCCCAGCACCCGACCAAGAGCCAACUGAGAGUUUGUGGGCGCGACUCAAAAUUACCACCAAGACUCAUCAUGAUAACACAACAAGUGAGAAUCUCGCCGACAGGCAGAAGACCCACUCUAAGUAUGUAGAGAGUUUUGCUGCUGUGUUCGGAAAGCCGUUUUCUCAAAGCUCCCGGAAGAUGAACGAAGAACUCAAAACUUUCGAGGGCAGCAGGGGUGACCUUUUGGAGCACACACGUAGGGACGAGGCUGAUGACCCACUCAUAUUUUCAGGGAUUGUCAACUUAACAGGUACACUCCAAUCAGGACCUUAUUGA